GUGCGUACUUUCCCGGAGCCUCCGAGGUUCUGGUCUAAUCCGCAGCGUUUCCGAUCCUCCAUCUUUACUUUGAAUGGAUUUCUUCCUAAAAUCCGAGCCGCUGCAGAGUCACAGGAAGCGGCUUUCCCCGCAUUUCCUCCCGGCCCCGCAGCUCCAACCCUUCAGCUCGGCUGCGGGAUGAAGUGAGUGAACAGAUGCUGCAGCCGUCCCGCCCCGAGCCGCCGGUGUUCCCGCAGACAGCAGCAGGAGGGGGGGCUCUCUGACAUCAGCACCGAGCGGGCUGCCAGUCUGCGGGACCGGCGAGAAAUCGGGGCUGCAGGCGCUGCUGCGGUGUGUUUGCGGGUUUAGCGCUGUGUUUGCGCUGCGUUUGCGCUGCGUUCCUGCUCUGACCGGCUGAAAUCAGAACUUUAUCUUUUCAGGAGGAGGAAAGUCCCAUCAUGCACUGCGGCGCUCUUCCUGCUCCUGCUCAGUCUGCAGGAGCUUCUCCAUCUGGACCAGACCAGUGAUGACGGAAACUUUCCUCUGCUCUGCAGGAUUCUUUUCACUUUAGGAUAUCAGUUUCUACCGCAGGGCUUUGACUAGACCCUUCUGAUUGGCCCAGAAGCAUCUCCAGCUUCACCUCAGGAACCUCAGGACGUCUCCUCCAUCUCAGGAUUAAUCUGUUUCUGCCAUGGCUGCUGGGAGUUUCUGGACCUGGACGCUCCGUGAACUCAGCGGGGAGGACCGGAACCUGCAGCCCUGCGUCCCGCCGGCGGCCCCCUUGCCGCUGGGUGGCUCUGCAGCCGGACUGGAGGAGCAGCAGGGGGCCCUGCAGCCUCCAGCUCUUCCUCCAAAGCCAAUCAAACUCCAGGCGUCGUCUUCUUCCGGGGUCAGAGGUGACGAUGGCGACUCGCUGCAGGAAGCAGAGUGGUACUGGGGAGACAUAUCCAGGGAGGAGGUGAACGAGAAGCUGAGGGACACGCCGGACGGGACCUUCCUGGUGCGGGACGCCUCCACCAAGAUGCAGGGGGACUACACCCUGACCCUGAGGAAGGGAGGCAACAACAAACUGAUUAAGAUCUACCACCAAGACGGGAAGUUCGGCUUCUCUGAGCCGCUGACCUUCAGCUCCGUGGUGGAGCUCAUCAGCCAUUACCGGCACCAGUCACUGGCCCAGUACAACACCAAGCUGGACGUUCGCCUCACCUACCCGGUGUCCCGCUUCCAGCAGGACCAGCUGGUGAAGGAGGACAACAUUGACGCUGUGGGGAAAAAGCUGCAGGAAUAUCACAGCCAGUAUCAGGAGAAGAGCAAAGAGUACGACCGGAUGUACGAGGAAUUCACCAAGACCUCCCAGGAGAUCCAGAUGAAGCGCACGGCCAUCGAGGCCUUCAACGAGACCAUCAAGAUCUUUGAGGAGCAGUGCCAGACGCAGGAGCGCUGCAGCCAGGACUGCGUGGAGCGCUGCAGCCGCUGCAGCGGCGACAAGGACAUGGAGCGCAUCCUGGUCAACUUCGAGAAGCUCAAGUCCCGCCUGGGGGAGAUCCACGACAGCAAGGUGCGUUUGGAGCAGGACCUGAAGACGCAGGCCACGGAGAACCGCGAGACGGACAAGAAGAUGAACAGCCUGAAGCCCGACCUCAUCCAGCUGCGCAAGAUCCGCGACCAGCACCUGGUCUGGCUGAACCAUAAAGGAGUCCGGCAGAAACGAAUCAACGACUGGCUCGGCACACAGAACGACGCCGCCGCCGAAGGCGGCGAGGAAGAGGAAAGCCUGCCUCACUACGACGAGAAGAGCUGGUUCGUAGGAGACGUGAGCCGGACGCAGGCGGAGGAGCUGCUGGGCGGGAAGCCCGACGGAGCCUUCCUGAUCCGAGAGAGCAGCAAGAAGGGCUGCUACGCCUGCUCUGUGGUGGCGUCGGGCGCGGUGAAGCACUGCGUCAUCUACAGCACGCCGCGCGGCUUCGGCUUCGCCGAGCCGUACUUCCUGUACGGCAGCCUGAAGGAGCUGGUCCUCCACUACCGCCUCACCUCGCUGGUGCAGCACAACGACGCGCUCAACGUGCGCCUCGCCCACCCCGUCCACGCCCCCGCGCCCCCCCUCUGCAGGUGAACCCAGGGGGCGGGACUAGAUCUAUUUUUACUAGAAGUUCCCGGGCGGCGCUCUACAUCUAGACUGCUUGAUUUGCACAGGAAGUGAAUGUGAAGAGAAGAAACGUUUCAGGUUCAACGCCGACCCGAUCGACUCUGUCUGGAAACAUUGGGGCUGCCGGGCCGCCAUGUUGGGGGCGGGGCCACAGGUCUGGGCUUCAUCAGGUCCACAGGAGGCGUCCUUUCUAAAGCCUGAUCAAAAACGCCCUGCAACAAAAUUAUUAUUCAUUUACUGUAAAUUAAAACCAUUCAGAAAGUUCUUCAGCUGUUUAUUCACUCCGGUUCCGGUUCUGGUUCCGAGCAGCAGCUGGAAGCCGAUUCUUACACUUUACAGUCUUAAUCCACCUGAUUUAGAUUAAAAGCUGAAUUUAAACAGCAAUUUUUUUUUAAAUUUAAAAUGUUUUUGUUUCUGAAUCCUGAGCAGAAACUUUUUGAUCCAACAUGAAGAGAAAUAAAAAAUUUAGAUUAAACAAAACAAUCAGAACCGAAGAAUUUAAUAGAGAGAGCUGGAAAUGAAUUCAGUCGAAUAAACCAGAAAAUGUUUUCAUGAGAUUUAAAACUUUAGAAUGAAACAAUUUUACCUGAUUUAACAAAAUGAGUUUUAUUUCCUUAUUAAAAUAUGCAGAACUUGUUUUAUUGUUCCAACCUUUCUUCUUACACACAAUAUUUGAGUUUAGAUAUAAAUCUAAUUAAAAAUAAUUAGAUUUAUUUCCAAGCUCUGGCAAAUCGUUUCCAUAGAAAUGUACUGACAUCUAGUGGUUAAGUUAAAAACUGCAACACAGAGCAGAAAAUUUUCCCCUAAAGAAAAAACUAAAUUAAUUUUGAGCAUCAAAGUGAAAUUUUUCUAUUUAUG